AUGGAAGAGGAGGGAGGUCAUCAAGUUCUGCUUCAUUACUGGAAGAGGAGCGCUUUGAGAGUAUCCCAGAGUCUGAUGUCCCGACUGUCUGCAGACUGGACUGCGGGCAGCAGGAUCAGUACGCGCAGCAUUCACACCUGUCCUACGUGUGUGUGUGUGUGUGUGUGUUACAGGACGAUACCUGUGACUCUGGUGCUGAAGGACUCGCAGCACCCGGAUCAGGACCUGGGCACCCUGGAUCUGGCCGUCACCCUGACCCCUAAAGACAGUCCCAUUGAGGAGCGGAGAGACUCCACCCAGGGACAGGUUAUGAAGUAUCGGUGGAAGCCGUACGUGAAUAAAACCAUGCUGCUCAGGAGGUCCUGGAAACGAUCCACAAAGGUAACUCGCCCUCAUCAUGCUCCUCCUCAUCAUCAUCAUCAUCAUCAUCAUCAUCAUCAUCUGUGUGUGCCGUUGCUGUUUUCCAUUAACUGUCCUGAAACCUCCACGCUCAUCGCUCUCAAUCAGCUUCAAUCUGUUUCAGCCAUAACUGUUUUGGCUCAUUUUAACAUCCUGGCCCCUCUGCUGUCCAGCUGCCAGUUGGACCUGUCCACCCUGUCCAAGGAGCGAACUCACCACCUGGAGCUGGCGCUGGAGGAGUCCCGGGGCUCCGUGGUGCUGCUGGUCACGCUCACCGCCUCGGCUCACGUCUCCAUCGCCGACCUGUCCGUCACGCCGCUGGACGACCCGCAGGAGCGCGGGAAGAUCCUCAGGAGAUACGGCGUGAUGCAGUCGUUCUCUAACUGGAGGGACGUGGGCAUCGUGCAGGUGAAGGUGAUGAGAGCCGAAGGACUCAUGGCUGCAGACGUCACCGGGAAGAGUGAUCCGUUCUGUGUGUUGGAGCUGAAUAACGACCGGCUACAGACUCACACGGUUUACAAGAACCUGAACCCCGAGUGGAACAAAGUCUUCACCUUUAACGUUAAAGACAUCCACUCGGUGUUGGAGGUGACGGUGUUUGACGAGGACAGAGACCGCAGCGCUGACUUCCUGGGAAAGGUGGCCAUCCCGUUGUUACAUGUCCGUAACGGUGAGCGGAAGAGCUACGUGUUGAAGAACAAGGAUCUGACGGGGCCGACUAAAGGAGUCCUCCACCUGGAGAUGGACGUCAUCUACAACACUUUUAAAGCUUCUUUAAAGACGGUUGUCCCUGCAGAGCGGAAAUACAUCGAGGAAGAACCAAAAGUGUCCAAGCAGUUGCUCCAGCAGAACUUUAACCGUGUGAAGAGGUGCAUCAUGGUCCUGAUUAGCUACGGGACAUAUAUCAACAGCUGCUUCGAGUGGGAGUCUGCACAGAGGAGCAUCUUCUCCUUUGUGGUCUUCGUGGUGGUGGUCUGGAACUUCGAGCUCUACAUGUUGCCGCUCGCUCUGCUGCUGCUGCUCGUCUGGAACUACUUCUUCUCCUCGAGCAGAGGAACGGCCGACUCCGCGGAGGCCGUGUUUGACUGGGAGGACGAAGAAGAGGACAAAGAGGACAAGGAGUCAGAGCCCAAGGGCUUCAUGGGUAAACUGUACGCCAUCCAGGACGUGUUCAUCAGCGUUCAGAGCGCCCUGGACGACGUGGCGUCGUACGGAGAGCGGAUAAAGAACACCGCUAACUGGACCGUGCCUUUUCUCAGCUGGUUGGCGAUAGCUGCCUUAUGUUUGGCCACAGUUCUCCUCUACCUCGUUCCUCUUCGCUACCUGGUGCUGGCGUGGGGUGAGUGCUGCUUUAUUACAGGACUCACUGAAGCUCUGUUAACAUCCACGAUUUUAUCUGAAUUAGGUGAUAUUGAAUGAAAAAAAUGCCUUCUG